UCCGUUCUGCGCUGCGCUUCCGUUCACGUGUGCGGGGGUCAGGUGACGCGCUCGCGCCCGCGCGCCCGGCCGGCUCCGCUCCGCUCCGCUCCGCUCCGUCCCCCGCCGCUGCCGCCAUGACGGGGCUCGCGCUGCUGUACUCGGGCCUCGGCCUCGCCUUCUGGACCACGCUGCUGGGCGUCGGGAUCUGCUACACAAUAUUUGACCUGGGCUUCCGCUUCGAUGUGGCCUGGUUCCUGACAGAGACCUCACCCUUCAUGUGGUCCAACCUGGGCAUUGGUUUGGCCAUCUCCCUGUCUGUGGUAGGAGCUGCCUGGGGGAUUUACAUCACGGGCUCAAGCAUCAUUGGCGGUGGAGUCAAAGCCCCUCGGAUCAAAACCAAGAACCUGGUCAGCAUCAUCUUCUGCGAGGCUGUGGCCAUCUAUGGUAUCAUCAUGGCAAUAGUCAUCAGUAACAUGGCUGAGCCUUUCACUGCAGUCACCCCAGAAGCAAUUGGAGCCAGGAACUACCAUGCAGGUUUCUCCAUGUUUGGGGCUGGCCUGACUGUUGGAUUAUGCAAUCUCUUCUGUGGUGUCUGCGUGGGCAUUGUGGGCAGCGGGGCUGCCCUGGCUGAUGCUCAGAAUGCCAGCCUCUUCGUCAAGAUUCUGAUCGUGGAGAUCUUUGGCAGUGCCAUAGGGCUGUUUGGGGUCAUCGUUGCUAUCCUGCAGACAUCUAAAGUAAAAAUGGGCAACUGAGCCCUGUCCCACCCAGCCUGUUCCAGCCCGCCCCAGGAGGUGCUGUAUAUACUUAUUUAAUGUUUCUAUCCUUGACUGAGGCGGGAGCUGCCUGGCAGUGAAGUGGGAGCCAGGCCGUGUAAAGCCCCAUCCCACCCAUCUGUCGGCCCCUCGGAAGAAACAAAUUUCUCUGUGUGAAUUUUGCCCUCAGUGGCCUGGCCCAGCCCCUGCAGCCCUGCUGCUGUGUGUCCCCGGUCUCUGUAGAAUCAACCACCAGUGCAAUUCUGUGUCUGUGAAAUAAAUAUGGUUCUUGUCCAA